UAUGUUGGACAAAAAUACGUAAGGCGUGCCCCUUGACGUAGGCCAUUUUGUUGUGCGUUCAGGCUUACAGGGAUUAUCCCUUCAGGGGCAAUUGAAAAUGAUCGAAACAAGUUUCGAAUGGUAGUGUAAAAGUGUCAUUGGUUUAUUGGAGAAGGUGAUCCUACUUUCGCUCUUGUUUUAAAGUGACGAUUUUUUUUAAUAAAAAUAUAACCGUCGAGCUAUGAAUACAAUUGUUAUACGCGCAUUAUAAUUGAUGUGCACGCCUCGUAAUUCCGACCUGUGAUUACACGAUUACAUUUUAUUCUCGAAUAAAUCGGACAAUCUGUUUUUAUUCGUAAUUAUAAAAAAGAAGAACGAUGGAAGAAGUAAUGGAAAUUGUGAAAGUUGAAGAUAUUAUAUCAAUGAAAGAUACAUCUUCGGUAGACAAUUUAUUUGUUACGGAUAAUGUAGAAGAGGCCAUUGUAAUAACCACUGAUACAGAACCCAAUAUGAAAGUUAUUACUGACGGUGAUCAGAUUAUACAAAUUAUAACGGAUUAUGAAUGUGUAACAUGCCGGCGAGUCUUUAGGUCUCAGGAUAUGUUAACGGAACACUUAGAUACGUGCAGAGAAGAAGAUGACUCUAUGACUCUUGUAGAACUUCGUAAUGUAGACCAUUAUGAUUCAGAAGAAGAUAAAGACGAUGAUAAUUCAGAAUGUGUUGAUGAUAUCAGCAUGGAAGAUUCAAAUUCAAGCAAGCAAAAAAAUAAUCGCAGACCACCUAAACCAGUAAUUAUGCCAGUACCUGAAUCCCAAUGUCAUUGUUGUGCAGAAGACUUAAGUACUGCUCACAGUGGUGGUGAACAUAAAUGUUCAGAAUGUGACCUCUCAUUUAAGAAAAAAUCAUCUUUAGACAGACACAUAGUAGUAAUUCACUGGAAUUAUGAUUCUUGUGUUUGUAAAGAAUGUGGACAUUCAUUUAAUAGUAGGAAAGCAUUGAAUAAACAUCGUUACACUACUCAUGGAGAUAGAAAAAUUUUUAGAUGUGAGCCUUGUGACACUUACUUUUCUCGAAGCUACCAUUUAAAUCGACACAUAAUGCAAUCUGGUUGUCAUGGUAACAUUCUUAAUACAUUUAAUUGUCAAGUUUGCCAAAAAGGUUUUACACGUAAGGAUAAUUUACGUGAGCAUUUACGUACGCAUGCUGGUGAACUUCAGAGACCGAAGAAACCAUGUAAAUACUGCCCUAAGGAAUUUCACACUACUCAACAAUUAGUAAUUCAUGAACGUGUGCAUACAGGAGAACGUCCAGUUCAGUGUGAUUUAUGUCCGAAAACGUUUUUAUCAACUCUCGCACUAAGAAAACAUAGACGCGUGCAUACAGGAGAAAAGCCAUUCGAAUGUCAUUAUUGUCAAAAGAAAUUUGCUGCUCGUGAAACAUUAAAUCGUCAUGAGAGAACCCAUACUGGCGAAAAACCUCAUGUUUGUCAGUAUUGCAACAAAUCAUUCAUUCAAGCAGCUCAAUUGAGAGCACACAUAUUUCAUCAUACCGGUGAAAACGGUUUUUAUUGUGAUGUAUGCGGAAAAGCGUUCAAUCGGAAGGCUCGCUUGAAUGUUCAUAAAAAGUUUGUCCACGAAGGAGCGACCCCAUUCACAUGUGAAGUUUGUGAGAAAAGGUUUAUAAGAAGAGAAGAUCUUGUUAAACAUUCAUUACUUCAUACAGGCAUUAAACCUUUCAAAUGCGACAAAUGUGAAAAAGCAUUUUCCACUAAAUCCUCUUUGCAAGCUCACUUAAAUACUCACAGAAGGGAGCCACCACAAUCUUGUCUUGAGUGCAACAGAGUGUUCAUUCGGCAAGAUUGUUUAAUGAGGCAUAUAAAGGCAAAGCAUCGUGAAUUGUUAGAGGACGUUAUGAACGAAGUGGAAAAGAAACAUUUGCAAACGCAGCUGUACAAUAUUGCAACGCUUGCAGCCGAAAAAACGAAGAAUGGUGAAUCUAAAGAACUCUCUACCGAUGAAUUAUUAACAGCUAUUUCGGAUCUAUUAAAAAUAUUAAUCGAUGAUGAAACUCUCCAGCUGUUCGGUUGGCCUGAAGCUCCCAUUCAAGAUAUCCUUGAGGCCGUAAUUAGAAGGUGUGGUCAUUUACCAGUUACAUCAGAUACCAAUUUUUUCUUCACCGAGCGGUUAAGAGAAAACGUCAAACUUUUAUUCAGCGUUGUUAUAGAAGACGAUCUAGUAAAAUCUCUUUUAACAACGAAAACAGUAGACGAUGUAAUUUUACAUGUUUUGAAACUUUCAAAAGAAUAUACAUCGAGUUCGUAAUUGUAUUAAAAGAGAUACAAUAUUACUUUCCUCAUUUUUAAUGAAUAUGCGACAAAUUCAACUUUUAUAAACAAAUGAGAUGUUCCAUACAGUGUGAAAGAAAUGGUACUAAUAGAAUUGGAAAAUAUCGCCAAGCUGAAAAAUUACAGAGGCAAGAAGAAUCAAAUAGUGUCCUAAUACUUGCGAGCAGAUCAAUGCAUAGUAUAAUUUACUCCAUAUUACUGUUAUGGUGUACUAUAUAAUGUUAUGAUUAUUAAAAGAUUACACAUAUCUAGAAUAUUUUCGUGAUGUAUUUUUGAUACGAGCGUUUACUUUGUUUUUAUUGGAGAUCUUUUGAACCAUUAUCGUUACAUGGGAAUCCAUACUUACGUUACCUAGGCAUUUUAUAUUACAGUAAUAUACAUUUUUUAGGAUGUACGUGAUUACUUGAGAACUACACCUAUUUUAAUGGAUUGCAAAUGGUGUCUUAAUUUCUGUAUUUAAUUAUUCCACAUUUUUCAUUGUUAAUAAAUGCUCUUGAAACAUU